AUGUAUGUGCCAGCCGUCAGUGUCUACUGCCUCUUGCAGCUUGCGUCCUUGGGAUUUGCGUUGAAUCUGCAUGACCACAGCAAGAGGGCAAAUACUUGCACGAUUCCCUCGAAAUACAAGUCAUCAGGCGGCAAGGCUGACGAUUCUCCUGCCAUUGCCUCUGCUUUCGCCAAAUGCUCGCAGAACGCCACAAUUAUCUUCAGUGAAGGGGUCGACUACAAUGUCCUACGACCACUUGCGGCGAAUAAUCUGUCGAAUGUCGUUGUCCAGAUGCAAGGUAAUUUGCAUCUUCCGCGAAACAUCACCGCAAUCCAGGCACUAGUCAACAAGACCACCGCAGCAACAAAUGCUUCUGCACUUUAUUGGUUCACGCUGGCUGGUGAAUCGGUUGAUUAUGUUGGGACUCAAAACGUCACCAAUGGCUGGAUUGACAGUUACGGUCAGUCUUGGUGGAACGCCAAUCCGCCCAACGGCAGCGGAACAGCAUCAAGACCACACCUGAUGAGCUUCAAUGUGACCAACGGCUCGAUGCGGAAUUUCAAGUCUCGCAAGCCGAUCGCUUGGGGUGUUCAAGUCAGUGGGAAGAACAUUACAAUCUCAGACACGGUGGUUGAUGCAGUGUCUUCCACUCAGGCAUUUCCCUUCAACACGGAUGGCUUUGAUGUUGGCGGCAGCGACAUUCGUAUCCUUAACAGUGUCAUUUUCAACGGUGACGAUGCAAUUGCUGUUCAAGCCGGUGCUCACAAUGUGCUGUUCCAAGGCGGCACAAUCGGGUACCAAAGCCACGGAAUGUCGAUUGGUUCUCUGGGCCAAAACCAGGCCAAAUUUGCAAAUGUCUCAAACAUCAAAUUUGACGACAUCACCGUCAUCAAUGCGGUAUAUGCUGCUCGGUUCAAGUCUUGGGUCGGAGGGCAAGGCCUUGCGAAGAACAUAACGUGGUCGAAUCUCAGGGUGUACAAUGUAACUUUCCCAAUCUUCGUAACGCAGACGUAUUUCAAUCAGGGAUCUGCUCAAACUCAGCUGGAGAAUGGCACCACGAUCGGAAGGCCGAACAACUCGACCGUCAACAUGGAGAAUUUCACCUGGGCUAACAUUACCGGCACGGUCAACUCAUUCAAUCCGGGAGACGGUUCCUGCGUGACCGAUCCUUGCUGGUACAACGUUGGACUUCCGAGUCUCAAGCACACUGAAGCCAUCCUUGUGGAAUGCAACACUUACACAUCCUGUAAGAAUUUUGUGUUCGACAACAUCCAAGUAUUUCCGGAGUUGCUGCAGCCAGCGACAGUGAUCUGUAUGAACGCAACGAAAUCCUUGAAUCCCGACCUUGGAUUUAGUUGUGCCAACACGACAUACAUUCCCCUCUGACGUGCCCAAGUCAUGGCAAUUUGGUAGGAAAGGGAAAAGGAGAAUUAGACUCAGCAGCUGCAUGAGAUUUUGAGAGCAAUGAAUCAUGC